AAGCAAACUUUUGUUUUGGAUUGAACAAAAAAGGAGAUUAAUCAUAUGGAGGAAGAACAAGUAAGAGCUAUUAAGAUAAUAGUAUUUGGAGUAAUCUCAUGGGGUGUUGCCUUCAUUCUCACCCGGAGAGUCUUCUCUAGCUACUCAUUCAGCUUCAGCAACCGUCUUCUUUCCACGGCUCACGCGACAAUCGCUGUCACUUUAGCAACACUCUCUGUUCAAGAUUUGUCUUGCCCUGUUUGUCCCCUCGCUUCUAAGCCAUCUCCUAAACAGAUGGACGUGAUGGCGUUUUCGUUAUCGUAUAUGAUCUACGAUCUCAUAUGUUGUCAUUUUGAUAAAGUGUUUAGCAUUGAUAAUGCGGUUCAUCAUUUUGUUAGCAUUCUUGGUUUUAUAGCUGGACUUGCUUACCAAAAGUCUGGAUCUGAGAUCGUGGCUACACUGUGGGUAGCAGAAAUAUCGAGUCCUUUUUUUCAUCUUAGGGAGAUUCUCAAAGAGAUUGGAUACAGAGACACCAGCCUCAAUCUAGCCGCUGAUGUGUGUUUUGCCACUAUAUUCACAUUGGCGAGGAUUGUGUGUGGACCAUUUCUCGUUUACGUCAGUCUAUCAGCUGAUAAUCCCAUCUUCAUCAAGGCAAUGGGAUCAGGAUUACAACUCAAUAUUGGAGUUUGAAGGUUUAUUGUGAAAGCAAGAGUCUUUCGAAGUUUAUAAUGCAUUGUUACGUUGUUGUAUCUUCAUUAUAAGCUAAUAAAUUUAUUUUUUUGGG